AAUGUUUACACGGUGAACCUUACAGCAGUGAACAUGUAGGAACCUAGAGACUGUCUACAUGUUCGGGUUACGGUAAGGAGCCCCGAUAUAGAACAGUAACUUUGAAGUUCAGCUUUGGUAAGCCAGGUGGUGUAAGAUGAAUGACUGUGAUUAGCUGUCUGACCAUGGCCCGUGUUGGUCCAGGUCAGGAUAUAGAGAUGAGGGAUGCAGCAGGACCCCCGGACAAUCCCAACGGAUCCAGACAGAGUCUACACUACAAUGAAACAGCAGUCACUGCUGAAAAUGUUGGCGCUGUUCCACCCAUGAAUGUCAUCAGCAAGGAAGUGAAAUGGAUAAAGAAAAACAUAAGGAAGCGCCAGUGUCGGCUCAUCGUGGAGAAGACGCCUAAAACAGAUCAACUACCACCCCUACGUACACAGUACAACAGGGCACAGAUCGAGACUUGGGUGGUUGGGUCUGGUGAUGCGUUGUGUCAGUGUGGGUACCGGAAGUCCUCACACCCACACACACGCCCUCAUGAUGGCUUCCCACCUGACGUCUGGAAUGUGGACGCGAACACUUACUCUCUACCAACAGACACAUUUGGGGAGGUGGAGUUUGUGGGGUAUGGGCAGACGGAACGAAAGUAUGUUCGUGUGGAUGUUAAAACAAAGACGAAUGAUAUGCUAAAGUUGAUGAUGGAUAUUUGGGGCCUUGACAAACCCAAUCUUCUUAUAUCUGUCACUGGGGGAGCGAAAAACUUCCACAUGAAAGCGAGGCUUAAAGAGGUAUUCCGCAGAGGCUUGAUGAAGGUUGCUAAAAGUACAGGUGCGUGGAUUAUCACUGGAGGGACCAACACUGGGGUGAUGAAACACGUCGGCGAGUCUGUGCGUGAUUAUGGCCUCACUUCUGUAUCAUCCACUCCCGUUGUUGCUAUCGGCAUAGCAACCUGGGGUGUCAUUCAGAACAAACAAGAACUUAUCAGUAAAGAUGGAAAUGGAAAGUGGCCAGCUCGAUAUAGGAUUGAGAAGGAAUCCAAAGUUCGAGAGAGCUCUCUCGAUCCCAACCACACCCAUUUUAUUCUUGUGGACAAUGGUACACAGCAUGAUUUUGGGGUAGAGAUCCCUUUCCGUGCGCAACUUGAACAGACUGUUGCCAACAUGAAAACUGAUACAAGCAAAGAUGCUGUGUCGGUCCCGAUCGUACUGUUGGUCUUACAGGGAGGUCCCAACACCCUACAGACAGUCAAACAGGCCGUCGCUAACAAUACACCUAUCGUAGUGGUCGAGGGAUCAGGCAAAGCAGCUGACAUCUUGGCAUAUGCCUACAAUAACUCUGGUGAGGAGGAAAUAGAGGUUACAGAUCAGGAUGGAAAUAUCUUAACCCAGAUGCGGACAGUGUUUGACGAUGCCCUUAGUGCAGAGGUUCAGGAGAUGGUACAGGAGGCGUACGGUACUAAAAACCUUGUCAACAACUGUGGAGUCGUCAAGGACUGUCUGGAGAAACGUGACCUCAUCAACGUCUUCAAACUUGGCACCUCUAUAGGCUCCCAGAAAGAUAUCGAUGUCCCCAUAUUACAUGCUCUGCUUAAAGCAAACAAAGGGCAGGACUUCCAUCAGUUGCGACUAGCUCUUGCCUGGAAUAGGAUAGAUAUCGCCAAAAGUGAAAUCUUCACAGACGACAAGUUGUGGCCGUCUGGAAGUUUGGACGAAAUCAUGUUGUUAGCUAUAAACCUGAACCGUGUGGACUUUGUUGAAAUGUUCCUAGACAAUGGAGUCAGUCUGAAGGAGUUCCUUACCGUCAAAGUCCUGCUGCAGCUCUAUAAUUCUGUCCAGAAAAACUCAAUGUUGUACACAUUACUGCAGAAAAUGAAGAAGAAAUCUGGGAAUAAGGAGAAAUAUGUUGGAUUGACAGAAGUUGGUAUGUUGCUCCAGUAUCUCCUGGGAGAUUUCUAUAUCCCCAUCUACUUGAAAGAGGCUUACUUCUCACGAAUAGAUACGGAGCUUGAACUUGAUGGUUGGUCAAGUCGACCUCCACCUGAACCCAACUUUAAGGAUGGCAUGCUUGGUGCUGCUCUGGUGAUGGGUAAUGCCAUGGCAGGCCCAGUAGAACAAUACAGACAGGAUUUUGAGAAUCCUUAUCAAGAGUUAUUUACAUGGGCUGUACUCCAAAACCGACAAGACAUGGCCAAGCUGUUCUGGAAACAGGGCAAGGAACCCACAUCAGCAGCCCUGGUGGCAUUUGGCCUUAUGACUGCCAUGGCAAGGAAAACAGAUGACUGUGAACUCGCUAAGAAAUUACAUGUCAAUGCUGAUGAGUUUUGCCUGCUGUCUGUAAAUGUGCUCAAUGAGUGCUAUGAGUUAGAUGAACAUAAGGCCCAGGACCUCCUUGUUCGAGAACUGGAUCACUGGGGUAGUGCCACAUGUGUCUUAAUCGCCGUGGAAACUGACAACAAACAUUUCAUCUCUCAGACCGCCUGCCAAUCCCUUCUGAACAGCGUUUGGAUGGGGAAACUCUCGCCUGACAACGGCACAAUUAGUAUGCUGACUUGUGUGCUGUGUCCACCAAUGCUGUUUCUCCUGAUGAAAUAUAAAGAGAUCGAAAAUCCUGACACUGUGCCGACCAAUACCAAUUACAACCAAUUCGAAACACAACCAAAGGAUGGUGACAGAGUACAGCUGGUUCGUCGACAAACCCAGCAUGGACUUUCUCGUGCACAGACUAUGCUCAACAUCAAAACUCAGGAUAUGGCUAAAGGAGAAGCUGAAGCCAGUAACAGAAACAAGCCUCUGAAGUAUAACCCUGUCCAGAAGAUCUACCUGUUCUACUCCUCACCUGUCAUCAUAUUCGUACACAAUGUCCUCUCCUACCUUUUGUUCCUGGGACUGUUCAGUUAUGUGCUACUGAUAAAGAUGGCAAAGACAGUGUCUGUACAGGAAAUCAUCCUGAUGGUGUGGGUGUUUAGUAUAUUUGCUGAGGAGAUCAGACAGUCUGUUAAAACUGUUAUGUCGUCUGCCUCAAAGACAUUUCAGACGAAGUUACAGAGUUAUAUCACAGACAAAUGGAAUGUGGUGGAUGUGUUUACGAUACUUUUGUUUGUCUGUGGGAUGAUACUCCGCUUCCUGCCGUAUGACAGCACGCUAGAAGUCGCCCGAGUGGUUCUCGCUCUGAACCUCAUCACAUUCUUCUUCCGCAUCCUCCAUAUCUUCUCUGUGCAUAAAGAGCUUGGACCUAAGCUUGUCAUGAUAGCUAGAAUGUUCUUUGACCUUCUGUACUUUGUCAUCAUUCUGAUGGUAUUUGUCGUGGCAUAUGCCAUUGCUGCCUAUUCCAUCCUCUACCCAAACUCCGAACUCUCCUUUGACCUUGCCAUCGCAGUAUUGAGGACAGCGUACUGGAACCUGUAUGGGGAACUCUUCUUGGAUGAAUUAGAACGGAAGGAGCCGGAAUGUACCUUUAACUCUCUGCUGUACAGCAAUGACACACUGCCACGCUGUCCUACACAGGUCGGCAGCUUUGUUGUACCCUGGCUGAUGGGUCUCUAUGUACUCUUCUCCAACAUCCUACUGCUCAACCUCCUCAUCGCCAUGUUCAGUUUCACGUUCCAGAAGAUCCAAGACAACACUGACCUACACUGGUGCUUCCAGCGGUACUUCCUGAUAUACGAGUAUUACUCUCGGCCAGUCCUCUUUCCACCUUUCGUUCUAAUUAGUCAUCUUUAUUUGAUAGUUAAAUGGAUUUUUACAAAGUGCUGUAAAAUAUGUGUGCAGAAAGAGGAUUCUGAUCUAAUCAAAAAGAUUCCCAAUGAAAGAGAGAUAAUUCAGUGGGAGAAUGUGAUAGCAGAUGCCUACUUGACACGGAAGGAACUGGCUGAGGCGGAAAACAUUGAUAACAGAAUUAAUAUCAUGCAUCAUAGGAUGGAGGUGUUGAUGUCUAAAGUGGAAGACAUUCAGGAUGAGCAGCAGAAUAUGACGGCAAUCCAACACACAUCAAACGCUGCAGUGGCACCUGCAGUUGCUCCUCGUCCACAACCUAGCCAACAGACGAUCACGGCAAAAAUGCCCCCUCAGUUAGAGAGGCGAAUUGUUUCUCUGGAAGAUCAGAUGUCCGUUACUUGUAAAGCACUGUCCUGGAUUGUCCAGUCUCUACAGGAAAAUGAUAUGUCGGCUAAUAGGGCUCCCCCAAAUCUACCAGAGCUUCAGACUCACGGGGAAAUAGAAAAAAAGAAGCGGAAGAGGAAUGAAGAUCUGGCUCUCACAAAUAUUGAGAAGAAGAGAGAGCUUCACUAUCGGUCCCGGUCAAGUCCCUACAGCGGCAGUAACGUAACUCGCUUCUUUGUUCCUGAUGAACUGGUAUUCUGGGAGACACCUUUCCCAGAGUACAGUCCUGUGAAAUAUCUGUCGCCUGAGGUCAAGGCCAAUCCUUACUGGGCAGACAAGGAAGACCUCAUAGAAUUGCCUCCCAACAAGAGAGACGGGAAGAUCAAAUUUAACACAUUCGACUAUGUCUGCAAGGUUGACCGUACCAGCCAUCUUGGUGAUUAUAAAAUUGUGGAUGGCCUUCCUCAAAACCCAUUUGGUCGGACUGGUAUCAUUGGCCGAGGGUUGCUUGGCAGAUGGGGCCCUAACCAUGCUGGUGAUCCCAUUGUGACAAGGUGGAAACGUGACAACAAAGGACAGAUUAUCAAAAGUGGAGGAAAGCCGUUGUUGGAGUUUGUCAGUAUACAAAGAACUGAUAACCAAUUGUGGUCGUUACCUGGGGGAAUGUGUGAACCUGGUCAGCAAAUACAUGAAUGUCUGAAAGCUGAAUUCUCUGAGGAAGCUCUUGGCUCGCUCAUUACAAAUGAGGAUCACAAAAAGGAGCUGAAUGCAAAGUUGGAUAUGAUGUUUAAAAUUGGCAAGGAGGUAUGGCGUGGGUAUGCUGAUGACCCUAGGAAUACAGACAAUGCCUGGUUAGAGACCUUGGUCUUCCAUUACCAUGACGAUGAUGGAUCCAUUCUCAAUAACUUCACACUCAGGGCUGGCGAGACUGUAGAAAAGGCUACCUGGUCUACGGCCUCAUCCGCACUACAACUUCAUGGCGCCCACCUGUUCUAUCUAAAGAAAGUUGUAGAGAAACUACAGGCUGCAUUCUAGUGACUGAGCAUACAUCUAUGUAUACAGGAAACAGGCUCACUUACCUGAACGAAAGUCACAGAACACCAUUACCAAAUUAACUAGACUUUAAUGUGACUGUUGUUUUAUUACAGUAGCUUUGAUCAGCUGAUGCAUUCAAAGUUUACCGACUGUUAGGUACUGGAUAUUACAGCUUGAUGUAUUCACUGAUAAACUGGUGAUUGUGUCUCAAAAACUGAAAUUCGAUUGACCAUUGAAAGAUAAAAUUCUUCCACAUAUAUCCGGUGCAGAUGUAAACAAAAUACAUUUUAUAUCAAAACACCCGAGACUGUUUAUUUGGUUUUUGAAGGGAGAGUGUGGACGCAUGUGAUAUGUGCUACAAACCUAUAUAUUUAUUGUAAUUGUUUUUUAAUUAUUUAUUUAUUUUUAACUAAAUUGUAAUUUUCUUUUUUUAUUUCGGUAUUUUAUAUCGAUAGAUUAAAAAUGUAUUUUUAUGUAUCAUAAAUAAUGACAAAAUCUGCUAUUUUUGACUUCGAUUAUCCAGCAGAUUGCACAGAUAACUAAAAUCUUGGAAUGAAAGUCAAUUUACUUUCCUGUACGUCCACCUUUUGGUUACCUCUGUCUGUAUGAUAGGAUCCUUUACGAACAGAAUUAUUUUGAUAUUCUGUAAAAUCUGCUUAAAUCAAAAGAGUAAGUAAUAUAACAAAAUAUUCCCUAUGAAGUCAUUGUUUCGUGAUAUUAAAGGUAUAUCACAUGUUAAAAUGGAAUGCCUAUGUGUUAUGCUAUUUUUUGUUUAAAAUGUUGUGAAAGAGGCCAGGGAAAUUACCCAUAAGCUGCAUGGAUCAGAAAAGCUUGAAAUUCAUAGAUGGAAUUUAAUACGCUAAUUAUCGUAGUGAAUAAUAUUUUUCCAUAUUUUCAACAUCAUUAUGUUUGGUAGUAUAACAACGGUUACAGAACAGUUACAACAAAACAACUAAAUGGUUACAUUUGAAAAUCAAAACGUUAAGUUGCUCAUAGGUGUUAAUGUACUGAUUUGAGUAUAGAAUAAGACUAAUACACUUUCAUUACAAUAGUUGAAGGUUAUGUUUGUCCGUAUCCACUCUUAAUUGGCAUGCUAAAUUUUAUAAUGUUCACAUUAACUUUGUGAAAUUAACGACAACGUCAAACAAUGGUUUUAACUGUAGACAGGACGUUAUAUAAGCCAAUACAGAAACAAACGCACCAUUCACAUUGAUAAAAUACAGAUAGUUUGAAAUGACCGACACUAAAUAUAUUGCACCACUUAAAGUAAUGAAAUAAACUCCUGACAAAUAUAAUGCAGAACAAUAGAACGUGAUAAAUGAUUAUUAUGUUUAAUGAAUUAGAAUAGUUUGUUACUAUGACAAAGAUCACCGUUUCUGUACAUUUUACUUAUCAUGACCUCUAGUUUGUGGCUUUCCUACGUUGUAUUUAAAUGAACGACCGAUGUUACCAUGUUUAUCACAUGUUUGCAUUAAGCCAAAAGUUUGAGAUAUUUCACGCAUAGUUCAUCACUAAAUGUAAGUCUCUUUGCGGUAUUUCCGAUUGGAAAGAGGAUUAUGUUAUGCUUACCAUAAUGCAAUAUAAGCAAACGUUUGGAUUUCAGGGUGUUUGAUAUCUGAACCAUUAUAUGAAUAUAUAUUUACCAAAAUUAUUUCUGAGAGACAGGUAUUGACGGGAUGACAGGAAGUGGUGUUAUUUGGAGGGAAACAUGACAUUUUUUUUAUAUUUUAAUUUAAGGUUUUGAGAAAUAUUGUUUUUCGUAGUUUAUGGGUUUUAAAAACCUAAUGAAUAUAUGUUGUGGCCUAAUUGACGGAAAAGUUGUUCAAUGGCUGAGGUACUUGCAAAUGAUAUUUAUCUUGGUAUUGAAAUGUAAUGCAAUCUUACCAUUCCUAUAUGUUAGGACAAACGAUGCUGACCUGUGAUAUUUUUGACAACUUAUUUGUAAAUAAUGUAUAUUAAUAUAUGUAAUAACUUCUUCGUGAAAUGAGACAUUACAAUCCAUAGUUACCUCCAAUCAUUCAUCAGAAUUGAAACACAAAUUCUAUAUUUUCUAAUGCUUGAUUUAGCCGUGAUAAUCCUAGUACAGAAAAUGCUUGAUUUAGCCGUGAUAAUCCUAGCACAGAAAAUGCCUGAUUUAGCCGUGAUAAUCCUAGUACAGAAAAUGCCUGAUUUAGCCGUGAUAAUCCUAGUACAGAAAAUGCCUGAUUUAGCCGUGAUAAUCCUAGUACAGAAAAUGCACCAUGCGUGCAUCAUCUGCUGACUUUUCAUGAUCAAAUAAUCCCGAUAAAGUUUGAGCUCCAUUUCUUGGUUUUAAUUCUUGUUAAUGUUUUAAAUCUCAUAAUCAUUGUUCUAAAUUUUAAAAUGUUUAAAUGUCUAUCUGCCCUUGACUAGUUUUCAUCGUGCAUUAGCUUGUUUAUAACGUUUUUACACCAUUUGGUAUCAAGGUUCAUCUUGACUACCCUGUGAUAAUCUACUUCCCUGUGAUUAAAAGGAUCCUCAUUAAUUACUACCAAUUAGACCUGUUCAAAACCCCAGCUAUUUCCCAAAAGAGACCGCUAUAUCCAGGCAGACAAUUGGCCUAUAACAUAACAGAUCCUUUCAUGAACUCUCAUCGUCAUUUCAGAGCGUAUCUCAGACCGCCAUCCAAUACCAGGCCACCCUUACUCAGUGACACUUGGUCUAUACUCUCUCCCCAUCACUACAGACCGUCAUCCAAUACCAGGCCACCCUUACUCAGUGACACCUGGUCUAUACUCUCUCCCCAUCACUACAGACUGUCAUCCAAUACCAGGCCACCCUUAUUCAGUGACACCUGGUCUAUACUCUCUCCCCAUCACUACAGACUGUCACACCACACCAUUACCACUAGAGACUAUUGCCACCACUCCGUGAGAUUAUACUGUACCCCCGCCCUUAUAUUAGAUACUGAUACUCCUUUAGCAUCUAGUCCCCAAAUAUCUUUAUUCACAAGGUAGCUUUAAAUGCCUUUUGGUCAUGUCUUUCUUUUAAUAACCUUAUUUCGUUAUUUGUAGUUGUUUAUUUAUCGAAUUGUAUUUGACACAGAGAUCUGGCUUGAAUUGUUUAAAUGAUUGAUCUUUUUGCAUCAUAUACCAAUUUACAUAAUUGCAGUAAUGCGUAUCAUGUCAACAUACCACAUGUCGUGAAAUUGAAACAUUCUUUUGUAAUAAUUGAUAACUUAUCAAUAUUAUUAACAGUAACAUUAUUUGUUGUUUGUUUUUAUCAUUAUGAGGAGAUACCUGAAAAUAUCCUAAACCACUGGUUUAAGUUAAAGCCUUACUUGAUUUACAUGAAAUCCGUCCUUAACUAGGUUUAUAUAAAUGUAGAUUUUGUACAUGGUAAAGCAUGCAUCGUAAGACAGGCAAUGCGUCCUAUAUAUAUUGAAUUGCACUUUGACCCUGUACUUCAUGUAAUCCGUCCUUAAUUAUUUGUUUAUUUAAAUUUCAGUUUGCGUUUUUAGUUUUUUUUAAAGUAAUUAAAAUGAUAAAUUAAUUCACACUUUUAGUGUAAGCAAAUGCAUACUAUAUAUGUUUUUUGGUGCGAUCUGUUUGUUAUAAUUUCGAAAUAUAUUGACGUUACUAUGACAACAACCUCCGAUAGACUUACCUAAUAAAAUCAAUAUGAUCUUGCCUUUUGCGACAUUAUAUGAGUUCAUUAAUGCUGAUUUAACUCGGUAUAUAUAAUGUUGAAUUAAUUGAUGAUGAUAGUAGUGACUGAUCAUUAUUUACAAUUUUGUUUCAACCUUUAUAUUUAAAUGAAGUGAAUAACAACAUUGACACAGCGAAUGAUGUAUUACUUAUGCUGCUGUCGCAAAAUAUGUUAUCGACAAUAUAUUACCCCUCCUAUGAUCUGAUACGAACAUUAUAUUUUUAUAAAAAUAUCAUUUCAAAAUCUUUGUUUUGAUAGUAUAGAAAAUAGGUCUCUAUAUGUGGGUACCUUAACUGUUAAUGUAUACUGAACAUAGGAUUUCAUGAAUAUAUGUCGGGGACCGUUAGUGUUAAUUUAAACUAAACAUAGGAUUUCAUGACUAUAUGUCGGGGACCGUAAGUGUUAAUUUAUACUAAACAUAGGAUUUCAUGACUAUAUGUGGGGUACCGUAACUGUUAAUUUACACCAAGCAUAGAAUUUCAUGACUAUAUGUGGGGUACCGUAACUGUUAAUUUAUACCAAACAUAGAAUUUCAUGACUAUAUGUGGGGUACCGUAACUGUUAAUUUAUACUAAUCAUAGGAUUUCAUGACUGUGUCGAGUACCGUUAGUUUUAAUUUGUACUUAAAAAGGUAACAUAGAAUUUUAUCGCGGUAUGUCAUGGAGUCAAUGAAGAUUAUGCAUUAAAAUUUCUUAUCUAACAUG